AGAGAAGAAAAAGGAGAAUCUUGUUAAUCCUCAGAGGCAGCUAAAAUCAGAAAGAGAGAGUCAGUGCAUUUCACUUGUCUAUGCAAAUCGGAUAUGCGAGGACAUAAUUCAAGUUGAGUCGUGGUUUUUUCUUGUCUUGAGAGCUGCCAUAGACAGUUAUCUGGAACUGGAGUUCAAAGUUGCAUUAGCAGUCCAGUUAGAUGUACUCAAAGGAGACAUAACUUCAGAGCUUAUCGGACGACUAUGACAAAACUAUCUCAGGUACAGAGCUGGGUAGGAAGCCCCUAUCAGUUAUUUUCAGAGAAGGGAUAUUCAGAUGGCUUAUCACAUUCUUCGGACAGCUUUUCUGAACCAAGUACAUCAAGUAUAAAUAAUGGAAUGGAUUCUGUGAACUCGAAUUCUCCAUAUGUCCAACCAUAUUAUUUAAACAAGAGGACAUUAGAUUCUGGCCUUGCAGAUAAUCAACCGGCUAUGCUUAAUUUGCUAGAGACAUCCCUCUUUGAGUAUGCACAACCAGCCAAUAACGUGCCCAGAGAUGUUUUCAUUUGGGGAGAAGGAAUAGAAGGAGAUUUUUUAGGGGUAGGGGGGAGAAAAUUAGAUGCAUUGUCACCCAAGUUUCUUGAUUCCAAUGUCAUGUUUGCCGAUGUACAGAUGUUAUCCUUAGGUCGAAGUCAUGCUUUCUUUGCUACCAAACAUGGGGAUGUUUUCUCCUGGGGUGAAGGAAAGCAUGGGCGAUUGGGGCAUAAAGUUGAUUCCCAUUCUCCCUACCCAAGAGUUGUUGAAUCCCUUGAAGGAAUUCAUGUGAAGUCUGUGUCUUGUAGUGAAUACCAAACAUAUGCUCUGACUGCUACCGGUGAACUCUAUAAAUGGGGUGAUGACAUUUCUAGUGCCGAUUCUCAGAGCGACAAUAGAAAGAGAAGCUAUUGGUUGGCACAUAAAGUUUCGGACGGUCUGGAUGGCAUUAAAAUAUCAUCCGUUUCUUGUGGAGAAUGGCAUACUGCUAUAGUCUCAAUAUCCGGGCAACUGUUUACCUACGGAGAUGGAGUGUUUGGGGCCCUCGGUCAUGGAAACACCAAAACCCUUCCUCACCCAAAACAAGUUGAAUCCCUUGAGGGCUUAAGGGUAAAGUAUGUCUCAUGUGGAUCAUGGCAUACAGCUGCCAUUGUUGAAAUAAUAGCUAAUAAUCAGUUUGAGCCCAGCAAGCCGGCAGGGAAACUUUUCACAUGGGGUCAUGGUGAUAAGGGCAGGCUUGGUCAUUCCGAUCAUGAGAAGAAACUUGUGCCUGCUUGCGUUGCAAAGCUGGUGGAGCAAGAUUGUUUUCAAGUUUCUUGCGGCGCAGAUUUCACGGUCGUGCUGUCUUCCACAGGAAAGGUUUAUACAAUGGGAUGUCCACAAGGAAAAGAUGAUGACAAUGUAUCAAUAAAGAAUGUACAAGGGGAACUUAAGGACGAGUUUGUUAGAGAAAUUUCUGCAGGAUGUUAUCAUGUUGCUGCCCUAACAUCAAAGGGUAAUGUCUAUUCAUGGGGAAGAGGUAUGAACGGGCAGUUGGGAACGGGUGAUAGGAAAGACAGAAGCUCUCCAACUUUGGUUGAUGCCCUAGAAAAUCGACACGUUGAACACAUUUUUUGUGGACCAAAUUCCACAGCUGCCCUUUGCUUGCCCAAGUCCAUGUCCACCAAUAAUGAUCAAUCUACAUGCAAAGGCUGCAACUUGGCUUUCGGCAUCACAAGGAAGAAGCAUAAUUGCUACAACUGUGGAGUAUUGUUAUGUCGCGCUUGCGGCAGGAAAACAAGUGCAAAUGGGUCCCUAACAGCGAAUAAAACUAAACCUCUUCGAGUAUGUGACCCAUGUUUCAACCAACUUCGGAGGACUGCUCAGUUAGGGACUACAUUUUUAGAGCAUGACAUUUAUAGCCCCAGACCACAUUCAAUGAUUAGUCAUAUGGAGGAAAAUGAUGAAAGGGAUCAAAUAAGUAGUACUAUGUGUAGAAUGACCCCUAGAAGGAAUUUUUUUAGUAUGAGCGGAAGUCAAAUGACUGAGAAGAAGGCACGAAAUCACCAAGACGAAAAGAAUCAGAAGAUGAAUUUGAUUUCUUCUUGGCUGGAUUUCCCACGAUGGGGGCAAGUUCCUUGUCCUCAAAGGUUUAAAAGGUAUCUAACAGAACACGAAACAGUCGAUACAACUGCAAAGGAACGAGUAGGUUCUGCUAUGACGCCACCAGACUGCUCAAAAUUGGAUUAUUUGCGUCUAGAAGAAAUUCAGAAACUAAGAAGCCAGGUUGAGAGUCUAAAAAAGAAGUGUCGAUUGAGAAACAAGAAAAUUCAAGAAUGUCGGCAAAAACUUGAGGAAGUUUGGCUGGUUGCAAAAGCAGAAGCAGCCAGGAGGGAAGCAGCUCAGGAAGUUAUAAAAGCUUUGACAUCAAAGCUUCAUGCCACGUCAAAGAAUCAAUUCCCAGGAAGAGAAACAAACGAAAUGGAUAGUGCACAUUCUUUUGCAGAUGAUACUUGCAAUCUCCCUAAGACAUUGCGAAUCAAUGCAAGAAAAGCCGAUAGUCUAUGUACUUCUCCUAUUAUUUUCUCAAGAUCUUUGUGUAACAAGGACGACACUCGACAGUCUCUAUCAGGAGAUGAAUCGUGCCAAACCGAAUCAGAAAUGGGACAAGGUGGUCAUGAAUGGGUGGAACGAUAUAAACCUGGCGUCUACAUAACCCUUAAAUCAUUGCAAAGCGGGGAGAGGAUGAUCAAGCAACUUCGGUUUAGCCGGAAAAGAUUCACAGUGAAGGAAGCACAUAGAUGGUGGGAUGAGAACCAGCUAGUUGUAUACAAAAAGUACAAUGGUGACACACAUAUUUAGAUAUUUAGCUGUAUUUGGAUAGAUAAUUAAAAGCUUUUAAAAGUAGGAAAAAUUGUCGAGAAUAAAUAACCCAAACUAUUCCUGAAAAAUGCUCCAUCUAUUCCAAAGUAUGUUCUCAUUUAUCUUUUUGGUCUUCAUUAUCAUACUUUAACCAUUAAUAUCUAUGUGUAUAAUGACUAUACCCUCGUCUUACAAAAAUCUUCUUACUCUUCUUUUUGGAUGUCCUAAGAAAAACAUCAUGCUUUC